AUGGAUCAGAUUCAACAAAUUGUCAUUGACCCUCUGAAACCAUACCUGGUACCCAUCACCACCCAUUUGCCCGGUCCUAUCAAUGAUCUCGCCAUCAGCCUACUGGGUGAACCUUGCCAUGGCGCCCUCCUCCUCGAUCUCGAUUUCUCCUCUCACCCCGAGUGCGUAUCCCUCGCUAUAUCGAAGGCUCUAGGCAUCGGCAUCAUCACGGCGGCCUCUAUUGUCAAAGUUCCUCAGAUCAUCAAACUCGUUCAGUCAGGGUCGUCGGAAGGUCUUUCCUUUACGAGCUACCUUCUCGAGACGGCGAGUUUUGUGAUCACUUUGGCCUACAAUGUUCGCAAUGGCUUCCCGUUUAGUACGUAUGGCGAGACCAGUUUGAUUGCGAUACAAGAUGUGGUUAUCAGUGUCCUGAUUCUCGCAUAUUCAAACAAGACUGCGCAGGCCGGAGCCUUCCUCGCCGCAGUCGGGAGUGCAGUGUACGCACUCAUGGUCUCUGAUACACUUGUGAGCAAUAGCCAGAUGACCAGCCUGCAAGCAGGUGCAGGUCUCCUGAGUCUUGCUAGCAAAUUGCCUCAGAUCUUCACAAUAUACCGCCAGGGUGGAACGGGCCAGUUGUCUGCGUUUGCGGUCUUCAAUUACUUAUUCGGCAGCCUGAGUCGGAUUUACACCACGAUGCAGGAGGUGGACGAUAAGCUGAUCUUGUAUGGAUUCGUGGCCGCGUUCAUCCUGAAUGCCGUUCUAGCGGCGCAGAUGAUAUAUUAUUGGAACAGCCCGACGACUUCGGACCAUGGAAAGGGAGUGUCCAACAAGCAGGGUUCGCAGGAGAGGGGAAAGCUGAACGUCAGCUCAGCAAGCACCACAGCAAGACCUAGCAGCAGCAGUGGAAGAAGGAGGGGCUGA